GAGAGAGGGGGGAGGUAAACAAGAUGGCGACAGCCUUGAAGCAGCUGCAUCAAUAAAACCCGGAGCAGAGCAAUUCACGUUUGACUGCAGUGAUAACACUAAAAGGCUGAAUUUGGAGUCGUGUGUGUUCUAGGCGUACUAAUAUCACCAUGACGAGGUCUCUUAGAUGUUCUAGGAUUAACGCUGGUUGGGGUUUGCUAUGGUAAAUGAGAAAUAAGUGGUCACCCUGAAGGCGCAGCAAAACUAUACCAAAGAAGUACUCGCUCCCCUUGUGCUGGACCUAUUGUACAGUAUUGCUGUCAUCAUACUGUGAAGAUGUGUCUCUACUCGGUGUACCCGACGCUAUAGAGAACGUCACGUUGUGCAAAAAGGAAAGGCUGCAGACCCAAGGCCGGAUUCUUAACUCGAAAACUGUUUUGCUUUGCACUGGAUAUGUUGUCAGAGAUGAAUAAGGGUCCAGUCAUACCAAAUGUAGGCUAAUACGAGCCUGCUUGCGAUUGGACAGCGUCUUUUGAACACAAAAGGCCAGUACUGAGUAUAGCAGUGCUGUCGUUUGGGUUUUCUUUUCUUUUUCUCUUUUUCCACUGUCUUUUAUUUUUUUGCACUGGACCUCCCUGGCUCCUCUCCCAGUGGAAACUCUGCUGCACCCUCCCUCCCCCCCUCGGCACUACUGCCACUCAUGUUUACAGUCCCUCUGUAUCUGAGCCUGUUUGAAAGCAGUGCCACCGUCGCCCUUGGUCAGGCAUGAAUCAUCUCUGAUGCCGAUCUAGUGGGUUCUUCUUCUCCUCCCAAUCAGAACUGAGCUCCUGGAGACGAACUGCACCCCACGUUAGCAACUGGCGACCACCAGUGGUUGAGUUGCACCAGAGUGAACUGUGGGAGAGCAAGUGAGUGAGAGAGAGUGCGACAGGAGCAGGGGGUCAGGAAAGAAGAUGAGCGUCGGUGAGCUUCAGCAUCUGGACUACCUGACCGAGAAUGAGCUUAUGGGCAUGGACACUUUCAUCCACCGCAUCGACUCCACCGAGGUGAUUUACCAGCCACGGCGCAAGCGUGCCAAGCUGAUUGGGAAGUACCUGAUGGGAGACCUGCUGGGUGAGGGCUCAUAUGGCAAGGUGAAGGAGAUGCUGGACUCAGAGACUCUGUGCAGGAGAGCGGUGAAGAUCCUCAAGAAGAAGAAGCUGAGGAGGAUCCCUAACGGAGAGGCCAAUGUGAAAAAGGAGAUUCAGCUGCUACGAAGACUACAGCAUAAAAAUGUGAUCCAGUUGGUGGAUGUGUUGUACAAUGAAGAGAAGCAGAAAAUGUAUAUGGUAAUGGAGUACUGCGUUUGUGGCAUGCAGGAAAUGUUGGACAGUGUUCCAGAGAAAAGGUUUCCAGUAUUUCAAGCUCACGGGUACUUUUGCCAGCUCUUGGAUGGCCUUGAAUAUUUGCACAGCCAGGGAAUUGUUCACAAAGACAUUAAACCAGGGAAUUUGCUGCUGACCACAGAUGGGGCUUUAAAAAUCUCAGACUUGGGCGUAGCAGAGGCUCUUCACCCCUUUGCGGAGGAUGACACAUGCCGCACGAGUCAGGGCUCGCCGGCGUUCCAGCCGCCAGAGAUUGCCAACGGCCUGGACACCUUUUCAGGGUUUAAAGUGGACAUCUGGUCCGCCGGGGUCACACUAUACAACAUAACGACGAGCCUGUACCCGUUUGAGGGGGAUAACAUCUAUAAGCUAUUUGAAAACAUUGGCAAGGGAGAUUACACUAUUCCAGAGGAGUGUGGCCCGCUGCUCACAGACCUGUUGAGAGGAAUGCUUGAAUAUGAUCCUGUGAAGAGAUUCUCAAUACAGCAAAUUAGGCAACACAAUUGGGUAAGGAAGAAACACCCGCCCACGGAACCUCCUGUGCCCAUCCCGCCCAGUGCAGAGACCCGCGACGUCUGGAGGAGCAUGACCGUGGUGCCCUACCUGGAGGAUCUCCAUGGUUACGGUGAGGAAGAGGAGGAGGACGAGCUGUUUGAUGGGGAGGAUGAUAUUAUCUAUACUCAGGACUUCACAGUGCCAGGGCAGGUUGGACAGGAGGAGGAGGAAGAGUGCGUUCCGGAGCGUAGCCGUGCUGUGGCAAAGCCGGUUUGUGUGAAUGGGACGGAGACAGGAACGCUGAAGCCAAAAUCAGAGAGGCGCUCCAGCUCAUCCUCCAAUCCCUCCCGGAAGGGAGUGUCUACCGCCAGCAAGAUCCGCAAACUCUCCACCUGCAAACAACAAUGACCCUGCCCCUUCUCCUCCACCUCCACACCUGCCUCUUGCUCUGUACAGGUUUGUUAUUUUUCCCGUCCUCUGUUUUGGAUUCCCAGCCAUGAAUGCGAACCACAGUUCCUGACGCACACUUUGCCAUGGACUAUGAACCCUAACGGAAACGAUGCCAGGAAGCGUGGAUUUAGUUUUUUUUUUUUUUUUUUUUUUUUUUUUUUUUGGGCUAUCUUUCUCUGGAAAGGAUUUACUGAGUUGGGAAUGCUGUAAGGAGGAAACUCCUGUUUUUUUUUUGUUUUGUUUUUUUUUCUCCCCUCCUCCCCAGGAUCUCUUGUUCUCUCUCGGACUCUCUCACUCAUCGUUCUCCUCUCUCUGCCUCUGCAGUCACUCGUUCUUCAUCUUUUUGCCACAGAGCACCACCCAAAAACAUGUGGCCUGGUUUUGUGUCCCACUCCUCGUCGUGCUGGGACAUUGGUGCCCAUCAGAUCUGACCUGACCUGUUUAGUUCAUUAGAUGAUCUUUUAAUUUUACCGUAAUUAAUUGCAGUUUAAGAUGCACACUGAAUUAUUUAUUAGAAUAACAAAUAAUGAUAAAAGAUAUCAGUUAUUAUUAUAGAAGCUAUGGUGAGAAUGCUAAUGAAAAUUAUACCCAUAUGAAAAAAACUGCAUGCUGUGAAGAGCUUUGAGGAAAAGAGGUCUGAUCUGAUCUGUGCAAGACCAGUGUACUUACACCUGCUUAGCGCAGGUUGUUGGGUUAUUUUUCCCAUUAGGUUUCUGUUUUGUUUCUCUUUUUUUCCCAAUAAAUAUUUUUUAAUUAUUAUUUAUAUAAAACACAUCCCAACUGAACCAGAAAUGGUGGUGCUGUCUG